AGUCGGCAGACGAUAACAUAAUCAUAACCUGUUUCUAAACUUUGUUCUUUGCUGGAACUAUGUAAUUAUUGUUAAAAUAUAUUGGUGAUUUGUUUAAUUUAAUAAUAUUUACAAGUUCAAUUAACAGUUUUUUGUAAGUUACAGUGAUAAUCUUACAUUAGCAUAUUUGGAACUUGUGCAGUGUGCAGUCUGGAAUUAAAUAUCAGUGUAUUUUUAUGACACUGUUAAGUCAGUAAUUUUGUCAUUCAUUUCAUGCUUAUCAUUUUUUAAAUUAUUCUGAAGAUGCUUUCAAUAAUUUUAAAUACAUUGAAAUUAUCAUCUUUACUUGAAUUCUUCAAAAUAAGGUUGAUUCUCUGAUAGACUUGAUGACACAAUAAAUGAUGAAGCCAGAAGAGAUAACUACUUAUGGCUCCUGGGUGAAAGACAGAGUCCUUGGAGUUGGAGGAUUCGGGGUUGUAACAUUGUGGAGAAAGCAAGAUGAAUACAUCGCUUUGAAAAAGUGUCGCUGGGAGAACGUGUCAUUCGACCAGGUGACCGCCAAACAACGAGAACGAUGGACACUGGAAGUGAGCAUAAUGAAGCGUCUCAGCCAUCCCAACGUAGUGAGCUUCGUGCAAUUGCCCGGCGACUUUGCGUCCAUGAAGUCCGAACUGCCAGUGCUUAGCAUGGAGUACUGCUCGCUCGGUGAUCUCAGACAAGUUCUCAACAAACCCGAGAAUUGUUGCGGCCUGCAAGAAUCAGAAGUUAGGCGUAUUAUGAGCGAUGUGAAGAAUGCUAUUUCUUACCUGCAUAAGGAACGAAUCACACACAGGGACCUCAAACCAGAAAAUAUUGUACUGCAGCAUGAUGACAAUGUGCCUGAAGGGGUUAUUUACAAACUGAUUGAUCUCGGCUACGCCAAGGUGCUCGAUCACUCUAGCAUUUGUAACUCGUUUGUGGGAACACUGCAAUAUCUUGCGCCUGAACUCUUAUAUAAUACAGAGUACACAUCUUCGGUUGACUAUUGGAGUUUGGGACUAGUUUCUCAUGAGGUCAUAACUGGAGUGAGGCCUUUUCUACCCAAUUUCACGCCGGCUCAAUGGAUGAUGCAUGUUCGGAAGAAGAAAUUUGAUGAAAUCUGCGCUUAUCAAAACGUUUCUGAUGGGAAGAUAAUAUUCAGUACAGAGCUAUUUAAAGAGAACUACAUUUCUGAUUAUUUAAAAGAGCAGCUGGAGCGAUGGCUUCGGUACGCUCUAGAAUGGGAUCCGAAGAUGAGAGGUGGUGAAGUUGUCAAUGGAAAACCGAUUAUGUUUGAUCUGCUUGACACCAUUUUCGACAAAAAGAUAGUGACGGUUUUCUGCGUGGUAAAGUACAAGCGACUCAGCUACGAGAUAGACUCGGCAACAGCUGUUUCGACGCUGAAGACGUGGAUUGAGAGGGAUGCUGGUCAGCCUGCCACAAAUCAGCUGUUACUGCUGCCUCAUGGAGACACACUCGAUGACAACGGUCUAGCCACAACCUGCUGGCAGCCAUCUUGUCAAAAUGAUGUGAUGCUAUACGUGCUACCGAAAGUGGAUCUUUGUAUACCAGGGAACGUGCAACCCUACAUCCCGGACUUUGUAAAGUUUCUGCUGAAGAGAGUAAAUGAGCCGAUGGAGUUGGCUUUGCAGCGGCGUACCUGCGCACACUGCAUCUACUUCAUGAACCAGGAACUCUCUCUCUAUCGCAACCUCGUCGACUCCUAUGCUGCCAAAAUGUCCUCAGUGAUUUGCCAGAGUGAUAGACUGGCAAGUAUGCAUCGGGAGGUCAAUGCGAAACUAGAGAGGCUGAGAGCAACGCAUGACUUUGCUCGCAAAUCGCUAGACAAGGAUGCCAACUUGCUCAAACAAACAAAAGCCAAUCUUUCCAUCGAUGAAAUGUCUCAUAAGCCACCAUUAUUAAUUCAUUACGAACCAAUCCUAAUGAACCAGCAGAAGAAGUUUGUUUGUGAAACACAGACUAUGAUCGAAUUUGAGGAGCAGACUCGAAUUGUGGGCCGCCGACUGGCUGACAUCAAACGGAAGAUUUCUCUCCAGCAGAAGAUUCACACUAAACCGGGCACCAAUUGGGUGCAAGAGAUGCAGGCAUUGUUGAAAGCUGGCUAUAAUUGCCUGGCAGGGCUGCGACGAGAGAAGGAUCACCACUCUGCAGCGGUUAGAGUCGGCAAGUCGAGUGCUUACGACUUGUGCAAACCGGUCUACAACUUCCUCAAAAUCAGGGACAGAGCGCUCAAUGAAGAUGAACAUUUCAACCAGCAAUUGAGAGAUGUGGAAGCUUUCGAUCAAGAGCUAGCAGAGGUUGAAAUUCCAGUGAAGCAAUUGCAACAACACAUUUCGGAGAGCAGCGAUCGCAUUGUUGCCAUGCAACUCGCAAGACAACAGGAGCUUUGGAAGUGUUGCAUCUUUACAAGGACCUCUCUACCGUUCCAGAUUGGGCCAGAAUACAAGGUGUCGAGUCACCAGGGCACUGGCACUGGGUCGUCGACCAGCUGUGAUGCAAUGAAGAGGAUCUUCGUUGCUGAGCCAGCCGACAGUGCAUCAAGUCGCUUUGACUCGAGUCUGCUCCAAUCUGGCAACUUGCUCUCUGAAAAUGAGAGUUUGCGUUACUUUGUGAUGGACUCGAUGUCAUCAGUUCACCAGUGUCUCCAGACCAUCAAAUCUGAGAGCAAGUCAAUGGACUGGAGCUCCCUUCUCAAACCACAAAACCAAUCUUAAUUCUGCUCAACAAAAUCAUCUUGUGUGCUUCACCUCUUGUUUUCUAUCCUAUCCUUGCUAUAUUCCACUAUACUAUAUCAUUUUUCACAUCACAAUAGAUGUAGCUCUAUCAUAUUUAUUGUAUCCCUCGCCUAUGUUAAGGCUGAGCAACAGGUUAAAAAAAUAAUGAAAGUUCUCAAAAAUGGAAUAACUUUCUUAAAAAUUUAUAUUUUUGGGGAAAUUUUUAAUUCAAUCAACAAUAAUAUUAGAUCUUAAUUCUUAAAAUUUAAUGAAUAUUGAAUUUGAAAUGAUCUGUCCAAAAAAAUUAAACAUUUAGAUGCUUAUAUUUUAAAAAGUAAUAAUCGGAAAAAAUUUCCCGAGAAAACAUUUUUUUAUAUCUUGAUAGUAUACAAAUCAAACAUUUUUUAAAAAUAUCACCAGUAAUAAGAAUAAAAAUAUAAAUCUGAUGCCAAUGGCAUCAAUGUCCGAGACAUGUUGUGAAAAAAUAAUUUAAAGGAUACUGAAAUUUAUAUUUUUAUUUUUAUUCAUAUUAGAAGUAGUCCUAAAGAAAAAAGUCACCAGUAAUAAGUAGUUUUAACCUGUUGCGCAACCUGAAGUUGAUUUUCUUGAUCACUCAGAAAGUUUACUUUUAUUCUAUUUUAAAUGUAUGUGUAAGUUACUAUUACUUAAUGAGUUGUGUUUGACACUAUUGAUUGAUAGUUAAAUGAUACAUUUAAUUAGGGUUUGUUAGAUAUAUUUUUGUGACUUGUGCAAUAUUUAUGAAAAACAAAGAGUAGAUCAAAUCAUUUUGUCUUUCUUGUAAUAUGCAUCUUGCUACUUAUUUAGACAUUUUUGUCCCUUCUAGUUGUUUAAUAGAAAUAGUAAAUACGGUAGUCUAUCAAUAUCUGAUGAAUUUGUUACAGAUAAUGCUAUUAGUAUUAUUAUCAUUCUAGAGUGAAUACGAAAUCACAAUCGAUUUGUAAUAAUUAGUAUUUAUAGAUUUAUAUAAAUUUUAAAUAAUUGAUUUCCAUCAAGCUGCAUUUAUUGCAAAAAAGUAACAUGUAUGUAUUCAUACAUCUACUUAAUAAUUUCGAUUUUUUUACUAGUCUUCCAAGUAUUCAAAAACAACUUAUAUCAAACAAAUUUUUUAUUUUAUUUUAAAUGUUUUUCUGUUUUCAAUGAGUUGUGUUUGUCUCUGUUGAUUUGUACGUAGUUAACUUAUAUAUUUUAUUGUGGCUGGUUAUAUUGAUAUUUGUGCAAUAUUCAUGAAAAUCAAAAGUGUAUAUCAAAUUAUCAUGUUUUUCAUAACUUAUAUGUGUUAUAGUUUAGAGUUCAGUCAUUUUCUUUUGAUAAAAUGCUUUUAAUCAAAACCUUUCAUAGUAAUUAGUUUUUAUGUCCAUUCUAAAGUAUAGGCUUGUGAUCGUUAAUGUCAAAUAUGUAGACAUAUCAAACUAUAUCUAAUCUAUCGUUUUCUCCAUAAUGUUUCUACUGAGUCUGACAAUCUUUUAUUCAACUCUUGAAAUCGAAAUCAGAUAUUGCUUCAAUUAUCAAGUGGGUUUAUUAUCAGUCCUAAGAAGACUCACGUAUUGAUUUUGAUGUAUUGUUUUUCCAGUUCAGACUUUGAUUAACCAGUUUUAGACGUAUUUUUCAAACUUUCUGAAAUUUCUAUAAUUUUCUCCCAACGACAUAAAGCUAGAAUGCUCAAUAAGUUCGGAUUAGAUCAACUUAAUCUAUCAUUGAGUGAUGAUUCCUAUUUGAAAAAGAGUAAAUUUGUGAUUUUGAUCUUAAUUUUAUCAUUGAAUCAAUUUCUAUGAUUGCGGAGUAGAAAAAAGGAUAUAUUUUUGUCAGCUUUGUUUUAAUUUGUUGAUGGAAAAAUAAACAUUUAUGUUGAA